AUCAUCUUCAUUUUCCCUCAUUCCCUUAUCCAUCGUUAAGAUCCAGCCAAGUGCUUUGUACACCAGAGGAAAAGAGAGAAAGAGAUAGUAGCAGCCGAAGCGACAAAAAUGGCGGUUUCUCUUCCGAACUCGUUUCUCCAGAUUAAUCCGUCUGCUCCUUCUCUGGUAAUUAGAAAGCCGGUUAUGGCGGCAGCGAUUGGAGCGAAAGGAGGGAAAAAACCGAUGGGAAGCAAUCCGGUGGUGGUUCAAGUAACGUGCAGGAAGAAGGAUUUGCACCCAGAGUUUCACGAGGACGCCAAGGUUUACUGCAACGGAGAGCUGGUGAUGACUACCGGAGGGACUAAGAAAGAGUACGUCGUUGAUGUUUGGUCAGGUAACCAUCCGUUUUACCUCGGGAACCGCUCGGCUAUGAUGGUGGACGCCGAUCAGGUGGAGAAGUUCCGUAAGAGGUUCGCUGGGCUCUCUGAGAUUAUGGAGAUUCCUGUGCUCAAAGGAGAAAUCGUCUUGCCCACCAAGAAAAGUAAGGCUGGAGGUAAAGGGAAGAAGAAAUAAUGAGAGGAUAAAUCGGAGUUUUCGUUUUGGUUUGUCUCUCGAGCGUUCUCGUAAAUCUUGAAUUUGUGUAUUUUCUAUUCAAUCGAAAAGCUUAGGCUGUUAAAUUGUGAGUUACAUUUCUUCUAAAUGCAAUUGAUUAUGCUUCUGAAUGCAAUUGGUUUCCUCGAAA